GAUGUCAAACAAGCUGUGUUGUUGAUGUUUUUUCUUUCUAGUUAUCAAAUUGUACGUGUCUUUUGUUUUUUCACUUUUUCAUCAAUUAAAAUUACAAAUAUGAUAAAAUAUGUUUUAUUAUUGUUAGGAAUAUGUGCUUGCAGCAUAUUAGCUGAGUUCACUUCGCAAGAUUGUCGAGAGCUAGGAUUUAUCAAGGCGCAGCUGAUGUGCUCGUCCUGUGAUAAAUUAAAUGAUUUUGGCUUGGAUGCGUUAAAGCCACAUUGUCAGGAGUGCUGCACGCCAGAUAAAUUGCCGGCUGUACAGCGGCUUUGGCCGAAAGCCAUACUAGAAGUGUGUACGUGCAAAUUCCGCGCUUAUCCACAAAUAGCAGCAUUCAUAAAAAGUGGCAGACCAGCGAAAUAUUCAAAUUUACAAAUUAAAUACAUGCGUGGCCUUGAUCCGAUUGUGAAGUUGCUGGACGCGAAAGGCAAUGUGCAAGAGACACUUUCGAUAACCAAGUGGAACACGGAUACGGUUGAUGAAUUCUUCGAAACGCAUCUAGAGAAACCGACAGGAAAGAAGAGCGCCAAGAUUGCCUAUAGCGUGGUGGAAGAGGAAGAUAGUGAUUUUCUUGAAACAAACCGAAUUUAAUGAAAUAUAGUAUUCUUCGUUAGUAAAUUUUUGUAAAGCUAUUUUGGGUUAAUUAAGUAAAUUGUAUUUAUUUGAGUAGCAAACUGUUUUAAUUUCAUUUAAUUCAGGCAAUAGUUGCAUAUUAUGUAUUUAGAAAUAUUACAAGUUUAAUUGUAGAUACAUAUAAGUACAAAAAUUGUAGAAAACGCGUAGCUGGAUGUAAGAAGACGUAUAUAUGUUUUAAUUCCUGUGUCAUUUGUAAAACUACCUCACCUUAAUAUGCUGUUAUCCAAAAUUUAUACCAAUGCCACGCCUUUUUGGUUUUCAAAAAUAUUGAAGUGAUACUGACGUUUUAGCAUUGCGUACAAUGCCCCGAAGAAGUCGUUCAUUUGUUCAUUUGCAUUACUUUUAUUACACGAAAAGCCAAUAAAACACGAAAUCAAAGCCAAAAA